UUCCUAGCACCACAUCACACGCCACGCUCUCUCCCAUCGCUCAUGCAUUUCCAAAAGUAGCAGGGAAUUCAGCUUCAUCAAAUCAUCUGCCUGCAAAGACAGGAGCAUUACAGAGAUCCCUUCAUCCUGACCAGAUCCGGAACCCAGACUGGAAACGGUGUCUGCUGAAACGACUCCCCACUCCUCCUCCCCCCGUUGGAUUCGCGAUCUCAGUGAAGACAAUUGCAGUAAAUGAGGACAUUUCAGGAGUGCGUGGCUGCUGCCGCCGCUGCCUAGAGGCGAACGCUCUCUUGGUCACAGCUGAAUAAAUGUCUCAGUGUGAUAGCUAAAGGGGUGGUGGUGAUCAAGUCUCCGGAAAGCAAAAGAACAUUUCCAGCCGGUCUAUCUUGCAGUAGAUGCUCUACACCCGUGGAUCGUUUCCCUGCAAGCUUGCAGAAGUGAACGGAGAGAAAUGCAUCACAAAGGAAUUGCACAGACUUUUAGUUAUUUUUAAGGCAGCGUAAGGUAAGCUUUCCACUGCAAUUAGACAUGUUACCCUGAACUGUACUGCUACCGACAGAUCUGGAGGGAUCAGACAGUCUGCUUUGACACCUCCCUGAGAGGGGAUUCGUGCAAAUAGCAUCAUGGUGAGUAAGGAAUCCAGCAAAUGCUUACUCACAACGUCAGAAAGUGAAGCUGAGCCAGCAGCUUCACUUGCUUUGGAGAUGAAAUAUGCAUUGGAUCCCAAUCGACAGAUUAAGAAAAGAAACAAAGCCCUUCAGGUGAGAUUUAAAGAUAUCUGCGAGGCCCAGAAUGAACAAAGGGACAAACAACUAUCUACAGUACAGCAUGCAGACAAAAGAGAAACAAAGCCCAUCUCUUAUAAAGCAGCUUAUCGUAAAUAUAUGACAGUGCCCGCACGAAGGUCCAUACCUAAUGUUACUAAGAGCACAGGAGUUCAGACCUCACCAGAUCUUAAGAAGUGUUACCAGACAUUCCCUUUGGACCGCAAAAAAGGGAAUAUUAUUAAAAGCGUCUCAGCUGUUGAUACCUUUAAGAGUCAAAACAAUGGAUUUUUAAUAGAUAUUAAGGAUGAAGAUAGUAAAAACUCAGGGGAGGCUGCUCAUUGUAGCAAGGUCAGUGACCUAAAAACAGCAGAGUUUAUUUCCCAUACCUAUGAACGCAUGAAUGCAGUAGAUCAGCCUUCUAGUGACAACUGUGCAGAGGCAUGUAAAAGCACUGAUUUGCACAGCUGUACUAAAGAACCUCCUCCUCUUCAAAACUCAGCAGACUCUACUUCAGAAGAGCCUGAUUACCAGCUGCACGAUAACGCAAAACAUGAUACAGUGCCUCUGGAUAAUGAGGAAUCUAAUCAAUCAGCACAUGGGAAAGUGUUUAAGACAGAAGUAGCUACAAUUUAUUUACCUGCAUCCAGUUCACAUGCCACACAGCCUGAUUUGCAAAACUCUGCAGCAGAGACUGAAUGGUCACUAUGCCCAGCAACAGAUGAGGAAAAAAAGAGAACUGUGCAUCUUAAUGGUCUGCAAUCCCAGUCAGUAAAUGCUCAGGCCGGCUCAACACAGGCACAGUGCCAAUCAGCCGAAUGUAAUGAACAGACCCUUCAGAUAAAUGUUUCACCUAUGGAAGAAAACCAGCCUUGUCAGACAGCAGUUGCUGUGAGUGAAGAAUGCCAACAAAUUGUGCCUCACACAGAAGUGGUAGACUUGAAAGCACAGCUUCAGAUGAUGGAGAAUUUAAUCAGCUCAAGCCAGGAAACCAUAAAAGUGCUGUUGGGUGUCAUUCAGGAGUUAGAAAAAGGAGAAGCUCAUAGAGAAGGGCUUUCAUAUCGGACUGGUCAAGACACAGCUAAUUGUGACACAUGCAGGAACAGUGCAUGUAUUAUCUAUAGUGUGGAGUUGGAUUUUAAACAGCAGGAAGACAAACUACAGCCGGUUCUGAGAAAACUUCAUCCUAUUGAGGAAACUCAGGUUGCACCUUUGCCUUAUUCUCAGGAGAGUUACUCUUCAACUCCCAAACAAAAAUCCAAAACUGAAUCAAAAAAGCAUGGAAGAUGGAAACUCUGGUUUCUUUAACUAAGUCCAUUAGCUCUGGAGUUUAAGGCCUUCUUUGAAACAUAUUUGGAAUUCAGUUAAUCAUCUAAAAAGGGAUCUUGAUUAUUGAUCGUGUUAUCAGCCACUGUUACUCUGGUUAUUAUGGGCAGCAUUCAGUUCUCACCAUAUGUACCAAAAAGGCCUUUGUACCUAUAAACUAAUGUUCAUGAGCAAGGCAUUAAAUCAUACCUUGCCAACUUUUAUUUGCAGUUCACCAAUGUGGGAUGUAAAAUCAGAAAUUUGUAUAGAUAAAGAUGACAAGCAAAACUAUUUUCCCACCACCACCACCACCCUCCUUCGAUCUGCAAGUGUUACAUUUCAACCUGGUAAAUGGCAUCCUGCACACAGCUAAAAUAACUAUUUUAAAGCCUUUCUAUGUUCUGUUUCAUUUUAAACAUUAAUAAGGAAAAAAUGCAAGCCUUGUGUUUGCAAAGAUCUUCAAUUUUACAUUUAAUUUUGCAAAAUAAGUGGGGGUCAUGAGAAGUGCAAUUUUUAGCACACAAUAUCCUGGAGAAAGCACAACUUUUCAAAUGGUCCAAGACCAUGAAUAAUCUCUAUGAUGUGACUAUAUAUGUGUAUUUGCCUUCAUGUGCUGUAGAGUUAAACCAAGUUAUUACAUCUCAGCGUCAUAUUGACACCUCUAAUUUAGUGUCAUAUUUAUCACCGGACUUAUGACAUAUUUACUGCUCAUUUUAAAGGAUGAGCAGCCAGAAACCACCCGAAGUCAGGACACACCUUUAAUCGCUAAAAGUUGACAGGGUUGAAGCUAUGGGAGACUAACCUUUCUUAGAUCUCAUUUUUAUAUUUUGGUACUCAAAGGCCAAAAUGCUAUAUUCUGGCACAGAAUAUGAAAAAAAUAAGAUGGAUAAUAGUAAAAUGAUAGAUUGUUGGCAGUUGCCACACUUUAAAUCCUUUCUGUAAUUCAAUCGUCAGAAAAACGGUACACUAUUGUAGAGGGUGCUAUAAAUUUCAUAGUACGUAUUAUGCUUUAUUACAAGAGUUCAGAAGGGCCUGGCAACUUUAAUAGUUACUUAUUUAGCUGCGCUUCUAAGAUCAAUUUCCAGACCAACAUAAUAUCAUUUGUAUUAAAGUAAUAUAUUAACUGUACUAAUCAAUCACACUUCGGGGGGAAAGCUGUGAAUCAAAUUUCUUCUUAGAUUUUUAAAAACAGUAACACUUUAAAUCCACUAUCGGUUAUACACUGCAAUCUUUUCCAUUUCAAUAUUAAGCACUGUCAUUAAAAAACCCUAAUCUAGGUGACCGUCUGGAAAACUCUUGUAAUGAUAGGAAUUGGAAAUCUUGUUUCUUUUUUCUUUUAGUUAAAUAAUUUGAGUAGUGUACACUCGUGACAAAAACUGGGAUACAAGGUACUGGCUCUGCAACUUCAUAUCCCAAGGCAGCAUUAAGAUGCGAAUAUUUCAGUCUUUAGAUGCAGCAAAAAGGUGGAAGAAAUGAAUCCCUAACAGAAGAGUCUGCACCUACUAAAUAAACCUGGAGAUGUUUAUGUUCAACUCUUUUCUCCCCCCCCCGUUACCUCAACAUCAAAUCCAUUUUAAGUACUAUUAAUUCUACAAAGAUCCUGAAGCAAGCCAUGUGGUCUUUGUCUUCAAAGUAAAUAGAAAGUUAAUGUGAGUACAUACAGUAUAUGUGAAACUGUUUAUGUCCACUUCAAAACUAUUUCAACUGGAUGCUUUAAUGAAAAACUCACCUUUGCAGUAAAUGUCAAGAGGGCUACAAUCCUUGUACAUAAGUAAACCGUAUUCUAAAAUAUUUUUGAGAGAGAUAAAGGAUAAGAAAAGGUGUGCUAUGAAGGAAGUGCAAUUGUUUCAUGUGCUGAAAAAUGUUUCAUGUAUUUUAUACUGUUUUUAAUUAAUUAAAGUUAUAAAACUGUUUACAAGAUAUCCCAUCUUGUUUUAAAAAUUCCAACUAUUUCAAAGCAGUAUAUAUAAUUUAUUUACUUAUUUUUCCUAAACAGGACAACAUCUUGAGUACGGGCAUAUGUAGAAAAAACACGCACGUUCAGUAUUUUAAAACAGUGCUAAACUUCAAAGUAUAGUGUCACACUUACAAGGUAAAUAUCAUACAUGUCAAGUAUAUUUUUUAAAACACUGAGUCAAACAUCUCACAAACGGGAUUCUUUACAGAUGGUUAAUGCCAACUAAUAAGACAGACUUCUUAAAAAUCCAUUCUAAAUAUUCUUGUGUGCAAGAACUCUGAUGCAAAACUCUAUAAAUGUUUUUAUGCUUGGUUACUGAGUCAUAACCAAAACUAGUAUUAUACAGGUGUUCAGAAUGAAAAAGGAUUCCUUGGUGAAAUAUUUAAGAGCUAAAAAAAUGAAAGUUAUCACUGAGUGUUAUCUACAUGUCCAGACUAUUUUCUUAAACAAGUUGAAGAUUUUUAAUUUUUUACAUUUUUUUAAAAAGAAAAAGCAUAGUAUGAUGCAUAGUAAAUACAUAUUGUGUUGAACCAUGCCAUACUAUGUAAUUUGUAAUAAAAUAUUUUUUUUCACGUGUGUUAAACGCAUCAUAUUGUAUUACAUUUAGGAUCACACAGGCUCGAUUUAGAUCUUGAGAAGAAUAUUUAAUUCUUAUAACUUUUAGCUACAUAUGGUAUGUGACUGACCUAGAACUGUUUCCACCCUAAUGUGAUACAUGUGAUAAAAAGCAGGAACAACAUUAUGACAAAGGAAACAUCACCACUAUUACUGUAGCAUAUUAUGUAAUUUUGCUGCUAAAUUCAUUGGCAAUAUCAUGCAUUCUCAGACACUAAAUUUACUAUUUGCACUGCUCCCAUAAUAUGCUUUAAUUACUUUCUAAUCAAUAAAUACUGCAGUAAUUUUGCAUUACUUACUGUUUUCAUAGUACAUGGACAAUGUUUUCUAAGUCUGCAUAAGUCCCAUUAAGCAACAGUGACAUUCCUAUGCUUUGAAAUUAUUAUUAGGAAACAAUUCAUGUAAGUACCACUUGUUUUCUUAAAAUUAAUCACUGUAAAAUACUUUAUAAUCAGGGUAAAAUGAAAAAAAAUCAUGAUUAAAACUAAAAAACACAAUAAGUACAAAGUGUUUGUUUUUUCUUGCUUCAGAUAAGAUGCUAUGCAAUGAACAAACAGAAUAACUGGCUACGCGUUCUUUACUUUCUUCAAUGUUUUAAUGCUACAUUACAUUUAAAAACUUAAUAAUUUUUUCAUAAGCAUUUUGAAAUCAAGCUGUUAAAAUUGCAUUAAUCUAAUGUAAUAGCACACAGUAUGUACCACUCUUAAUUUCAUGGCUCUGAUUACCACCAAUAAUAUAAUGGCAGUAUGUUUACAGCUCUGCUAUACUAGGAUGAAGCAGAAGGCCUGAAACAUUUCUUAGCAUUAUUUCAGUAUCAGUAAAGUACAACUAUAGCUGCUGGAAAUAUGCUUUCAAUUUAUGUAACUGAAUGCAGUCUCGAGAUAAAACUUGGUACAUUAGAUGUAUAUUCCAUGUCCAUUUGCUCCAUUCAUGAUGA